GAUGUGUGUUGUGAUUUUGCCUUUCGGCGUUUUGUUGCGGGUUCCACUUUGCCAGCCAAUUUCACACCUCGCCGACCCGCGCAUCUGCCACCCCUCACAUACACCACUCACACACACACACACGUACACUCCACAGCCAUCCCUCCGAUGCUGUUCGUUCUCCCGAGCUUCAGUUUUUUUUCUCUACCCUUUGACUCAACGUUCCAGCCAAACCAAAAAAAAAAAAAAAAAAAAAAAAAAAAAAGAACAAUUCACAAUUAGCUUUGGUUGCCUUUUUUGCGAUAACAAUACUGUUUGGCUUCAGCCUGUUUUGUUGCGGUUACGACACGCGCGUGUAUUGAAACAUGGCUGAAUAUCGACAGGUUGGUUUGGAGUUGGGAACGGGGGGUUUGUGAGCGAGGGAGAUGAGGAAGGCGACGAAAAAAGCCGGAAAAAUGCUGGAUGUAGAUUUUUCAGAUCGGAAGAAGGCGUGCUGUUGGUGUUUGGUGUUUGGUGUGGUGUUUGGUGUUGGGGGUUGGAUGUGCAAUGAAUGACCGAAAGAGUACUCACUCGAUGUGCAAUGAUGAUGAUGAUGAUGAUGAACUUUUGGGUGUUUUGUCCAGCGUUCGAUCCGCCGACGGGCGGGUUUAUCACGCAGCAGACGUGCAACAAUGGUAAAACUGCAAUCGCACCGCCGUCGCUGUGGACCGUUGCACAAGCCCAGGACAACGAAGAGGACAGAUGGUAUUGCCAGAGCAAUCUAUUAAAGCCGGGAGCUGCCAACUGUCCCGGCAAUAAUCCCCCUAGGAGUUGUACAAACCGUAACUCAAUCACAUAUGGUUGGCUCUACCAAGCGAUUUCGCUGUCCUCGUUCGCAAAAAACUCUGGAUACAUUGACGGCACUCGUGUGGUCGUCAGCUUCACAGCAGCCUUCACCAACUCGAAUCAGCAUGGUGGUUACCUGUUUCUGAGGAUUUACAACGCGGCGAACACCGUUUUGGGUGAAAGGUGGUCGAACACUUUAACCACUGCCGGAGCUUUGACGAUCUCGACUCCGCUUCCCGCCGGUUCCGUCAGCAUGAACGCAUACUUGAGUGGAUUUCGAAACGCUGGCGGGUCGGGGCCCAUCAACGCCUUCUUUGGCUCUGUUUACAUGACCCUAGCCGCUGCGCCCAUGAAACAAGCCGGAGUGUUCGCCACGGCUGCGUCCUACCGGUCUGUCGACUUGUCCUGGAGUUUGGUGCAAAACACUCAGCAAUCCGUGUCCUCGUUUACCGUUCAGUACAGCACGACUGCAAACUUUGCUAGUUUCCAGAAUGUGACUGGUUUGAGCAGCAGUUCGACCUCCUACACCGUCGCUGGGCUUACCAGAAACACCCUGUACUACUUCCGCAUCUAUGCAGUCAACAGCAUUGGCACUUCUGAUCCGAGCGACACCAAGCAAGCAACAACGUUAAAUCUGAGCUUUGCAGGCACUGGCUGGGGCGCUUGCUCGGGGUGCGGUGGCACCCAGCAAAUGCAGUACCAAUGCACCGACACGGUUACAAACUAUGCCGAUGGUACGUGCACGACGAAUGGCGUUACGAAGCCGACGAACACGCAACCGUGCAAUGUCAUCAUGUCCUAUGCACCUGUUUCUCCGUGCUCUGCGGCUUGCGGCGCGACACAGACCGUCACUGCUACGGCUGUCCUGAGCAACGCCGUGUCGCCUACAGCCUGUCUCCAAACCCAGUUGCAGUCCUGCACAGGUGCACCGUGCCCGACCAACUGCGCGUAUGCAUCCUGGCCAUCGUUCGAUCCCUGUUCGAACUGCGCGACCCUCUCCAUCACGCGCACCAUCGCCACUUCGGCGGCGUUUGGCGGCUCGGCUUGCCUCGACCCUUCAGUUUCUACGUCAGCAUGCAGCUGCACCAGCUCUGCCACUCCAGAAGUUUCAAGCACGGCAGUCUCGAGCAUUUCAAGCUCCGCGACUUCCAGCGUGACGCCGUACGUGGCUACCUCGACGCCGGGCGUUUCAGUGCCUGCACCCACGACUUCAACUGCGGUGCGCAGUAGUGCCACGUCGUCGAUCAGCAAGUCGGCCACGCCGUCCGCUUCUCGUCUGUCGUCUUCUCGCACGGCCACACUGGCUUCAACCACCGGUGGCCCUGGGAACGUUCAGAAUCAAACCGAUUCUGGCAGCGGCUUCCCGCUGGGUGCCAUUAUUGGUGCGAUUGCCGGCAUUGUCCUCCUUGCUGUCAUCAUCCUGUUUGUUAUUGCUCGGCGCCGUAAGGCUCGCGAGUCCAAGCCGGCGGCGUCGAAUUCCGCGCGCGCAUUGCCGCCUACUGCAAGCAACAUGGAGCUGUUGACUCGACCUGCCAGCUCGAAAAUGACUGCGUCACAAAGCGAGACCGACGAUGUGUAUGCCGACGUGGGCAAGCCAGACUCCAUCUAUGCGGCGGCUCAGCCAGCGGCCGGCAAUGCUGCUGUUCGUGAUUCCAUCUACGAAGACACGCAAGACAAGGCGCAGUACGCAGCAGCUGCUGGUGGGUCGACGUACGCUGCUCCCGAGGCAACCUACUCUGCUCCUGGCCAAUCCAGUGGCGGCGGUGGCGAGGAUCUCUACGCGUCGCUUGGCGACAAUCAGGAUUUGUACAGCACGGUUGUACCUGCUGCUGCUGCUGCUGGUGGCGCCUCUGGCAACACAUCUGGCUUUAUUGUCGGACCUCAGGGUGAUGUGUACGCGGUUGCCGCACCUGGUGGUGGUAGCUCUGGCGCUCCCAAACCCGGUUUUACUGUUGGCCCGAGAGGCGACGUGUAUGCGGUUGCUUCGCCUGGAUCGAAGGCAGACGAAAGCCUGUAUGACAAUCUCUCGCCUUCGUACAAUGAGUCUUCCUUCCUCGCGCCGAACGGUGACGUGUAUGCCAAGCCCGCCAAGCCUCCGACACGGGGCUAAACCGCGUUUCAUCUCGAAUGAUUGUGUUGUUUUGUUUGGUUGUGUUCUCCCCCUCAGCUAUCCAUUCGUCGUAUUGCAUUCAUUAGUCGUUUUUUGUUGCUUUGCUGCAUUAUUCACUUGCCAUGUUAGAAUGCCGUGUGUGUGUGUGUGUGUGUGUGUUUGUGUGUGUGUGUGUUGCGACUCCUUGUUGUUUGCUCAACGCUUUGUUAAUACUCAAUGUCUCUUCUCCCUC